GACUGAAUCCCAUUUCGCAUUACUCAUGAGUUCGGAUGGGCGCGCACCCACAGCCCAUCCCCUCAUGUGGGAAACAUCUUUUGCGCAACCGACGGCGAUUGGCCACAUGAACAUCUUUCACAGUGAAGCCAUUUUCUUGGUGUGAUGCUUUGACGUUCCGUCCACGCACCUUCAACGUCCACUCCAUGACUCCAACUUCAACUAUCUAUAGGAAUUUUAAAUAGUUUUCAACCGGCUACUCUCCCCAACCUUCUUCCCCAUUUCAUAUCAACCUCUCAUGGCUACCCUUCUCACGCCCAUUCCCAGGUUUUCAAGUCCUACCAGCUUCAAUUCCUCCACCUCCCCACCUUUCUUUCCCAGAAUCCCCAGCCUUUCAAGAACACUUAAGCAGAGAAUCCACAGCAGUAGGCUUGAUAGCUUCCUAGACCUGAAACCUGAAUCAAAACCAGAGUUCCUGGACAUUGAUUUACCCCGGCACCACCCCUCUGAACGCUCCCAGUACGAUGUGGUCAUCAUCGGCGCUGGCCCGGCCGGCCUCCGUCUUGCAGAGCGAGUUUCUGACCAUGGGGUCCAAGUUUGUUGCAUUGAUCCUUCACCCCUCUCCAUGUGGCCUAAUAACUACGGUGUCUGGGUUGAUGAGUUUGAGAGCAUGGGCCUUGAGGAUACUCUAGAUAAGACUUGGCCUAUGACUACUGUCUACGUCGAUGAUCGGAAAACCCAGUAUCUAGACCGCCCUUAUGGCCGGGUCAGCAGGAAGAGAUUGAAGACGAGGUUGAUUGAGGGGUGUGUCUCACAUGGAGUCAAGUUCCAUGAGGCUAAAGCGUUGGAGCUGGAGCACCAGGAGUUCGUGUCUAUGGUGUCAUGUGACGAUGGUUGUGAGGUGAAGGGGAGCUUGAUAGUCGAUGCCAGUGGCUUUACAAGCAACUUCAUUGAAUACGAUAAGCCCAGGAACCAUGGAUAUCAGAUUGCUCAUGGGAUCUUGGCCGAGGUGCAGGAUCAUCCUUUUGAUCUAAAUAAAAUGGUUCUAAUGGACUGGAGAGAUUCCCACAUGGGCAGCGAGCCUUACAUGCGAGCUAGGAAUGACAAGGUUCCGACUUUUCUGUAUGCAAUGCCCUUUAGCUCUAACUUAAUAUUCCUUGAAGAGACCUCACUGGUUAGCCGGCCGGUGUUGCCUUACAUGGAGGUGAAGAGGAGGAUGGUGGCCAGGCUACGGCACUUGGGUAUCAGAGUGAAAAGAGUCUUUGAGGACGAGAAGUGCCUGAUUCCAAUGGGUGGUCCUCUCCCUCGUAUCCCUCAGAGAGUGAUGGCCAUUGGUGGGACGGCUGGUUUAGUCCACCCUUCUACAGGGUACAUGGUGGCUCGAACUAUGGCUCUGGCUCCUGUAUUGGCUGAAGCAAUUGUCGAGUGCCUAGGAUCCACCAGGAUGAUCAGAGGGAAACAGCUGUAUCAGAGGGUGUGGAAUGGAUUGUGGCCAACUGAGAGAAGGUGCAUCAGGGAAUUCUAUUCUUUUGGGAUGGAGACUCUUUUGAAACUUGACUUGAAUGGGACAAGGAGGUUCUUUGAUGCUUUCUUUGAUUUGGAUCCUUAUUAUUGGCAAGGAUUCCUCUCCUCCAGGCUGUCUCUUGGAGAGCUGGCUUUGCUUUCUCUCUCUUUGUUUGGACAUGCUUCAAAUCUCUCUAGAUUAGAUAUUGUCACAAAGUGCCCGCUGCCUUUAGGUAGGAUGGUGGCUAAUCUAGCUCUUGAAACCAUUUGAUGAAGGUCUAUUUACAUUCUUAGAAUUCAUAUAUUUUGAGAAUUCUGUUUGAGAAGAUUCUAGUGUUUAUUGUCAUGUUAUGAAAACCCAUCAGUGCCUUGGCUGGUUGGUUCGAACAAUAAACUAAUUCUCUGUAUGAUUGAAAUACAAAUAUCCAGAAUUCCAUGUCGAUCAUACCCUGAUAUGGUAAAUGAAAUUAUCUUUAUUAUUUUAUUUU